AAACGAACAAAAGAGAAACACAAAACAAAACAAAAAAAAAAAAAAAACCCAGCAAAAAUGGCGAACAAUUCGGCUCUGUCUCUUCUUCUUCUCACGCUGGUGGCGCUCUUCAUUCUGAAGUCGCCGGCGACGACGGCAUUGGCAGCCAAGGAUGCUCCAUUACGAGGAAGAAGAGAGAAACAAGAACCGUACAAGGUUGUCAAUGAGUUUUGCAACCAUCAAAAAAUGCAAAGAGUUACUAUUAGCCAAGAUUUUUGCAAGAGAGUCCUGAAAUCGGAUCUAAGAAGUGCAUCUGCCAAAGAUAACGUAGCCCUUCUUCUGAUUUCAGUUGAUUUGGUCAUCGGAAAGCUCAACAAAACCCGAGAGUAUUAUCUCUCAACUGUUCGCCGGAAGUCCAUAUCGCCGCCGGCGGCGUUGAAACCGGCCCUCGAAGAUUGCGCUAAUGCUUAUGAACGGGGGAUUGGACAGCUGGAGCUUGUGCCCGUAGACGUGAAAGACGAUCCGACAUUUGGAAGCUACGAUGCGCUUCUGGCAAAUGAUGCAUUGAAGAAAUGUGGGGAGUCUUUGAAGAUGCACCGAAUUUCUGAUUACCCAAUUUUGAUAAGGCACCGAAGUUCUGCCAGAUUUGUCCAACUUUGUGUAGAUAUUUCGAUGAAUGUUUCCUGA